CCAUCAACUUAAAUAACACAACUGAAAAUUACAAAGCAUUUCUCUUUCUUUUACAAAGCUUUUAACUUUCUAUAAACACUACUACUACUACUAUUAAACUUUUGUUUAAAGUCUUAAGAGCAAAAUGGCUACCAUGCAGUCUGUUGUAGCUAGCUCAAUUUCAUUUGGUGCUUCCAACAACAGAGCAACUCUAGAGUCACCUAAGACCUUGUACAGGAAUAACACUCAUUUGCCCAUGAGAGUUAGAUGCAUGGCCCAGGAUGGUGAAAAGGAACCCUUACAGCCAAUUACAGAGUCAGCACCAUCAACACAACCAAAGCCAGCAGCAGCACCUUCUCCUCCAAAGCCAAAGAAGAUGAGUACAAGAUUCACAGACGUGUUGGCAUUCAGUGGGCCAGCACCAGAGAGAAUUAACGGUAGACUCGCUAUGGUUGGGUUCGUGGGGGCUAUGGUAGUGGAGCUAUCGAAGGGUCAGGAUGUGUUUUCUCAGAUAAGCAACGGUGGAGUGUCUUGGUUUGUGGGAACAAGCAUAGUUCUGACACUGGCUUCAUUGGUUCCCCUUUUCAAAGGGGUGAGUGUGGAGUCCAAGUCCGGUGGGGUUAUGACUUCUGAUGCUGAGCUCUUGAAUGGAAGGGUUGCCAUGUUGGGCUUGGUUGCCUUGGCUCUUACUGAAUUCGUCAAGGGUGGAGCCAUUGUCUAGUCUCUAAACUCUUUCACCUUUCAUUAUUUUUUUGUCUAGAAAGAAAAAUAUGUAAAGUUUCAUGUAAUACAUAAAUACAUCAAACAUUUUUGUCUACAA